AUGAUAAGACAACAAUCAAUAAUCUCAGGAGAAUACUUGGUCUUCGAUACGCAUGACCUAAUCAAAAAGGGACAGUAUAGACAAUGCAUACAGAAGAUCAACCGAUUGGUCUUUGAUCCUCAAUUGGCCAAGGGUUAGCCAUAAUUUUUAUAAUUGCAAAUUUAGCUAUGCAGAAGACUAUUGCAUUGUUGUAACAAAAUCCUCAAGAAGUAUCACUAUGCCAUAACAAUUCUAGAUAUUUCCAAAAGUUUUCAGAGAAGUCUCACAAAGUUCAAUCGUUACUUAAUCGCACCAUCGAAUUGAGUCUCUUUUACAUUGAUUUCCUAGAGAUCUAUGCAAAAGAAAGUAUUCAAACAGAUGCUUCGCCAGCUGCAUCUCCCUCUCCAACAAUGAAAAAAAAAUAACUUUUUAAAGAACUCUACGCAGAGUAGAUAAGUCUUGCUCACAAAAUGGAAAUGUUCUUUUCCCAAGACAUCGUGAGCAAUUACGUUCCGAAAUCCAAUAUCUGGUUUCAUUCCCAGUGCCAGAACUGCUACUUUUUAUUAAUGGAAACCCUCUUCAACACUUAUCGCUUUCACAAAUAUAAUCGAACUCCUUACGCCGCCUUAACCCUUAACCUAAUCACUCAAGUCGUUGAGAAUGUUACAAUAACCAACAAUAGACAAUCCUUAUUUAGAGGGGAAUUACAAACGUUGAUAGGAAAUGCAUACUUUGAAUUGUGUAUUAAUUACAUUUUAAUUAAGAUGAGUACAAUAAGGCUGAUUGGUAUUACAUCCAAGCGAUUGAAUAAACAAUGGAGGCUGUUAGAAUCAUCCUGGGUGAGAUUGAAAAAAUGAAAAGCAAUAUUGAUCUUAAUGUGGUCAAGGUUCAAUUAGCCAAAUUAAUCAGUUAGAUUUUAGUUAAUUUUGAAUUGCAAUCUUUGGUUAAUCAACAAAUGGAAAAGUAGUAAAUGAAUUUUAAUAUAGUUAUGAUCGCUGCUUAGAAAUCGUCUAACUCGCUGUGUAUUUCAAUAAGAUACUAGAACACUUCAAAAUUUGUAAGGAAGUUACUUCCCAAUUUGAGACAAGGAGUGCAGAAAUUAAGGAGAACUACAAGGAUCACGUUGAUGAAAUGAAUGAAAUAAGUAGGCUGCUUUCUCAUGUAUUCCAAAUCUCCUUAAAAGAACAUCUAAAAAAUAGCAAAUCUUCAAUUGAUCUUCAAUAAUUAAGCCAAGUCGAGCAGUACGAACAAAAGAUCUUUGAGAAGUACCAAUAUUCACAAAAUAACUAAACCUUUUUUAUCAAAAGUAGAGAAGUGCCAAAAUAAUUGAUUUUAGACAAUAUCCUGUAAUAGUAAUAGCAAUCCCAAUACUUUGUUAAGAAUUAAUCAAUCAAAAUAUUCAAACUUAAGCAUAACAGUUCCUAACAUUCAAUUGAACAGCCUUCAACAAAUUAUAAUGAUAGUCAAUUGCAAUUGUCAAAUAAUAAGAAUGAUUAGAGUCAUUUAACUUAAAUUGAUACAUCCCAUAAUUCAUCAAUCAAAACCCAAUUGAAUAAGACCUUAAAAGUCAAUUCUAAUCAUAGAUAGAGCUUCCUAAGUGAAUUAAUUCAUUUAAGAAAUCAAGGGUCUAAAUCGGACGAAAAAGAAAAAUAGGUUGAAAGCGAAAUUGAAAAGAACUAUAGGUAGUAGAAGGAAUUACUAUUCAAAAUCAGCAAUAAAAGUUACUAUAUAUUCAAUAUAUUUAGAUGCCUACUAGCCAUUGGAUUAAGUUGUUAAGUCAUAUAUAAAUUAAAAUCUUGUGAGCUAUUAAAAAUGCCAAUCACUAGAUGAAGUAAAGCAGAAUGCAAAAUAAAUCUGCUAAGCUGAAGCUGAAGUUCACAAAGAAGUACCUAUCACAAAAAGUUUAUUACAAGCCAGAAAAAUGACCUGUCCUUAAGGUGUUAUGGUUAAGGAUAAAUAAGCAGAACAUGAAUUCAAUAAAUUACUUGAAUUCAAUGUGAUAGAAUAUUUUGAUUUUGUUUAAACCAAUAAAGAUUUGGCAGUUACCAACUUAAAGGCUUAAUAAGAAAACAAACAGGUUCGAAUUGCAUAAUAGAAUUUGUUCUCUGAUAAUUUCAUUCCUAAGAAAAAACUAAAUUUCAUUGAUUAAGAAGAAAUUAAAUAAAUUGAAUAAGCACAAUAGAUAGCGGAAUAAGCAGAGAAGCUUUUAAAAAAAACCUAUGAUAAAAGAAAAUCAACUUAAAAAUAGUCUAGAAUAGCACUUUUAAAUUUCAUGCAGGAUAAAGUGCAUAAAUCCUAGAAAUAAGAUACUAUAAUACCAAUGUCUUAUGAUUAAUCAUUAGAUUAGGCUCGUAAUUCAAUUAAAAAAGUAUUAUCAUUGAAUGAGAAACAAAAGCAGAAAUUUGAGGAAGAAGAUCAAGAAUUGAGAGAAGUAUAUAUUUCAAAAAAUAAUCAUUAGACUGAAUUGCCUUACAAAUUCAAGAGAUCUUUAUCUGGAAGCUCAAAAAAGAAAGUACAAUCUAGGAGUAUUUUGAUCAAGAAAGAAUUUGGCCAUUUAUGUUCAUCAACAAAAAAUAUCAGGGAAAAGGAUUUUGGAUCUUCAAAUAAUACUGAAACAAAGAUUAGAGGGAUCUCAUUAGAUAGGAUUAAAUGA